GAUGCAGCAACAUUGAUACGAUUACAGGCGAAAGAUUUCUUCUUGAGCUGGAGGCCGUCUAAGCAUGAAUAAAGUUACUCCAGAUUUGUAAACCAAACAUUAUAACAUAAUUUAUAAUCACAGAUGUGCCUAACAUUUUGAUAAUUCACAGACGCAAAAUACCAAUAUAAAUAAUUAUAAUUGAUUAGACUAAAUUCUGAUUUUAUCUAAUCUAGUCUAAAUAUAAUGGUCAAGCUAGUAUGUUUUGCCAUAUCCAAUUGACAUCUUUUUCUUUUAAACUUCGACAAGGAAUAGGAUUUCAUCUGACGUUGUCCAUCCCGCACCAUUGUUUCUCGACUCUCGCCUGACAAAUGAUUUUCUCCAAAUUGACUUUAUACAUAAUUGACAUUUGGGAAGAUGAUUACUAGAAAGAAAAGUGCCCAGUUUAUCCCAAAUUCUUCAGAAAUUAUACAAUUUAUACCUAAACUUCAAAAAGUGCACCAUUUACCGCAAACUCUUCAAAAAUUACAUAGUUUAAACCAAAACAUUAAAAGGUACCCCAAAAAAUGGUCACAAAAUUGAAUACUUCAACAAGAUGUACUUCUAAAAUGCACAAAGUACCUGCCAAAUGAUGCUAAAAAAAAUUCAAUUGGCAAAUCAAUGUGAAAAAAGACUUUAAUGUGGCACCAUGCUCGUGUGGCCUGAAAGGGAAAUAUACAAAACAGGCCAUAUUUCUUUGGUGCAAGCAUUGCCUAAAUCAAAACUGUUCAUUUCCAAGAACAAAUUUCUGAAGAUUCAUUGUUUUUUAAACUCGAAUUCUGGCCAAAAGCAAUCAGAGAACUUUGAAGGUAAAUGAUCUGGUUUAAUUCCACAUGGAGAAAUUCAGAGAUCUAUCAACUCAUCACAUUGCUUGGACCAAAAACAGAUCGGAAAUUCCGAAAAUUCGUGCUGUUAAAAUAAAUAUCCAAAUGCGCUGACGAAAUCGAUGAAGGAUUAAUUGAAAUGUUUGUUUUUGACAGAUCAAAGCUGAACACGAAGCUGAUCGCCAGCAAAACAAAAUCGCCAAAAGCAGUAAAUUUUGCACCUUUUUUUUACCUUUGCUCGAAUCUUCUCUCCAGCCACGAGCUCAAGGCUGCAAAGGGCUAUUCGGUGCGGAUGGAGAAGAAUCGGAGAUUAACCCUUAAAAUUUAUAGGUUCCCACUUUUCUCGUGUAAAACUAAAAGUUUACAACCUUAGAGUGAAGAAGAAGAAAAAAAAUCUUUUUGAGAAUUGAGAUGCUCUAAUUCUUCCCGCCACGGAAAGAUGUGCAAUUUAGGCGGGAUGUCUCACAUUUCUAACCAUUACUGUUCCCUUUUGAAACUAUGCUGCGAGACCCAAAGCCAUGCUCAAGUAAAGAAGCUCCAUUGCCGGAUAAUCAAAACCAUCUCGACCAUAGAGACUUUCUUGCUGAACAAUCUUAUCAAUACAUACAGCAAGAUCGGAAAUUUUGUGUACGCCCGCCAUGUGUUCGAUCAAAUUCCCAGGCCAAACCAGUUCUCUUGGAAUACCAUUCUCUCCACAUACUCCAAAGCAGGGGACUUUAUGAAAAUGGAGGAAGUAUUUCACUUGAUCCCUAAGAAAGAUGGAGUUUCUUGGAAUUUGAUCAUUUCGGGUUAUGCCUCCCACGGGUCUUCGGGUAAAGCUGUAAGGGCUUAUGAAUUGAUGUUGAGGGAUGGGAGGAUGAAUCUAAACAGAAUCACGUUUUCGACAAUGCUUAUAUUGUGUUUGAGCAAUGGUUGGAUCCAUUUGGGCAGGCAAAUUCACGGACAGAUAGUGAAGUGUGGGUUUGAGUUGUAUGUUUUUGUGGGGAGUCCCUUAACUGAUAUGUAUGCGAAAUUCGGCUUAAUCCGGGAGGCAAAACGGGUUUUUGAAGAGUUGCCCGAAAAGAAUUUGGUUCUGUCUAACACGAUGAUUAUGGGGUUUCUUAGAUGUGGGAUGGUGAAAGAGUCAGAAAGGCUGUUUACGUGUUUGCCAGAGAGGGAUUCUAUAACAUGGACGACAAUGAUUACUGGUCUAACACAGAAUGGUCUAAAUAUAAGAGCUUUAGAAUUUUUCAGAGAAAUGAGACUGCAAAGUUUUGCCAUUGACCAAUAUACUUUUGGGAGCAUUUUGACGGCGUGUGGAAGUGUGAUGGCCUUGGAACAAGGAAAGCAGAUUCAUACUCACGCAAUCAGAAGUUAUCAUAUGGACAACAUUUUCGUGGGUAGUGCGCUUGUUGAUGUGUAUUCCAAGUGCAGAAACAUUAAUUAUGCAGAGAAUGUCUUCAGAAACAUGAAGAGAAAAAAUGUUGUAUCUUGGACGGCAAUGGUAGUUGGUUAUGGCCAAAAUGGGUACAGUGAAGAAGCUGUUCAAACAUUUUGUGAGAUGCAAAAGAAUAUGGUAAAGGCAGAUGAAUUCACUUUAGGAAGUGUCAUUAGUUCUUGUGCUAACCUGGCAAGCUCAGAAGAAGGUGCCCAAUUCCACUGCCAAGCAUUAGUGUCUGGCUUGAUUUCCUUCAUUACAGUUUCCAAUGCACUCGUGACCCUAUAUGGUAAGUGUGGAAGCAUAGAUGAGUCCCAUAAACUGUUCUGUGAGAUAGAAUUUACGGACGAGAUCUCUUGGACUGCAUUGGUUUCUGGGUAUGCUCAAUUUGGAAAAGCCACCGAAACGAUUGACCUCUUUGAGAAAAUGCUCACACAACGCCUGCAACCUGACGGAGUAACUUUUGUUGGGGUUCUUGCUGCUUGCAGUAGGGCAGGACUAGUAGAUAAAGGGAAGUAUUAUUUCGAUUCAAUGGUAAGAGACCAUAACAUCACACCUACUCUUGAUCACUACACUUGCAUGAUUGAUCUAUUAAGCCGAUCUGGACAGCUUGAAGAAGCGAAACACUUCAUAGAAAAGAUGCCUUAUGAACCUGAUGCAAUUGGUUGGGCAACACUCCUAAGCUCAUGCAGAACUCGUGGCAAUAUGGAGAUUGGGAAAUGGGCAGCAGAGUCUCUUUUGCAAGCAGAACCACAGAAUCCUGCCAGCUAUGUUUUGCUCAUAAGCUUGAAUGCUGCUAGAGGAGAGUGGGAUGAAGUGGCUAGGUUGAGGAAGCUGAUGAGAGAUAGAGGUGUGAAAAAGGAACCUGGGUUCAGUUGGAUCAAGUACAAGAACAAGCUCCAUGUUUUCUCAGCUGAUGACAAGUCCAGUCCAUAUUCAGACAAGAUAUAUGCAGAGCUCGAAUCGUUGUACGGGAGAAUGAUAGAGGAUGGGUAUAUUCCAGAUGUGAGCUCUGUCCAGCACAAUGUUGAAGACUCUGAGAAGGUGAAGAUGCUAAACCACCAUAGCGAGAAGCUUGCAAUUGCCUUUGGGUUGAUAUUCGUCCCUCCCGGGAUCCCCAUAAAGGUGGUUAAGAAUCUCAGGGUGUGUCUUGAUUGUCACAAUGCAACUAAACUCAUUUCCAGGAUCACUGGAAGGGAAAUUUUAGUGAGAGAUUCUGUUAGGUUCCAUUUGUUCAAAGAUGGGAAAUGCUCGUGUGGUGAUUUCUGGUGACACGUGCGUUGGUAAGAUUUCACUCUAGCUCUCAUCGUACAUACUGUAAUACUACUUUCUCUGUUCUUGAAAGGUGGCAACAUAGGCUUUGCCAUGAAAAAUAAAGGGAGAAAAGUUUUUUGCUUCGUGAUAACGAGAGAUGAAAAUGAACUAUGUAGAAGUGAGGGGCACACAAGGGAAUGUCAAAAAUCAAUACUAAAUUAGUGUGUAUGAA